AUGUCACUCUCUAGCCUGACGAAAGUGGUCUUCCCACCCCCUCCGCCAACGACGAAUUCUUUGACGGCCCCACAGCGUGCCCAGCUUCUUCGUAGGACGAGAAAGCUGGAAAAGAUAUUGGGAACAGCCCCUCAUCUUGUGGAUACCUCUGUUAUCAAUGAUCCUCUUUACAUUUCUCUGCCGUCCAAGAAGAGGUCAUCGAUUGACUCAAUGGCGUCUGGCUCCUCUUCAAGUAGCGCCAGUUCAACCCUGCGCUCGUCAUCCAUUGGGCGUCGCGCGUCGACGUCAUCGACUACUAUGCCCGCAUCAUUGAAAUCUGACUCAUUACGAUCACGGCGCUCAAGUUCACCACCGACACCGAAUAACAAACCCCCAUUCCUCCGUCUGGCCAUUUCACCCCCCGCGCUUGACACCAUACCUGCGUCUCCGGCUGCUCUUGAUGCAUCCCCAUGCACCUUCUACGAUCUUCAAGACACGCACACAAUCAGCCCUGUCGAAGUCUCACCACGAGAUUCCCCUGUCCUUCCAUCAUUUUCUAUUCCGUCACCGAGCACCACUCGCAGGCGGAAGAUGGACCGUGUUCGCCGCAAGCUCGGCGAAGGUGUUCCCAUCGGCCUUGUUUUCCCGCCGGAAGAAACACUCCCAUCCACUCCUUCGCAGGACUCCAUCCCGAAAUUUCCCACUCCUCCGCCAACUCCGCGUCCACGAAAAUCUUCCGCGAUCGAAGCCAGCCGUGACUCCAUCGCGGAAUCAUCUUCUGUUCAUCGAGCCGGACGGCGCUCUGCAAAGCGGUCGUCCACUACACCUCCGAGCUCCAAAUCCGCUCCCUGGUCACCUUCCGAUUCAUAUUCGACAGAAAAGCUUAGUGCCAUCAUUGAAAGCCCAGAUGAGCAUGGAGCUAGUUGUUCGGAGGAGUUUGGUCGUCGUUCGAUGAGCUCUGGUGAACGAAACCUUCCACAAAAGUGGUUCGGGCAUACGGAUGAAGUGAAAGUGAAGAUUUGGAGUACAAGGAAAGGAUAUUGUGGAUGGCAAGAGGGCCCUCCCGUCCCAGUCAAAGACGAAAGCAGUCGAGAUUCCAAGAGGCGGUCUCUGAGUUACAGGAAGCCUCCUCCGUCUAUGAUUGAGCACUGA